GACGGCAUGAGUUCCGUUGCGCGGGCACGUCGUCAACACGUUACCUCCGCUGCCGCCGACACCGCCACCGCUGCCGCCGCCGCCGCCGUAGCCGUCGUACGUCGUGUAGUCGCGGGCAAAUAAGCAGUAGUCGUUCCGCGCAAGGUUCGCGCUCUCUUCGCACACACGACAUGCACCCGCUCGCGCUUACAUAUUAUUAUUAUAUACUAUUAUUAAUAUUGUUAAUUAAUAUAUUACUAUAAUAUCGUCGUUAUUUAUAUUAAACAUAUAUUUUUUUUUUAAAUAUUUCGUUAUUCGUUUUUUGUGCCGCAUGUGAUUUUUUAUUAUUAUUAUUUUUUUAGUAUCGCGAAUUUCAUGUAAAUUAUAUACUAAUACCGUUUUCGUCUUCUUUUUCCUUCUCGUUUAAGCAAAUUUUUUUCUGCAAAUACACGUCGCUUAUAAAUUUCGUCACGCACCCCUGUCCACGACGCGUUAAAUUGUUGAAUUGUUUUUUUUUUUUUUUUAAUUUUACUUCCGUCUUGAGUAUUGUUAUUGGUGCCAGCAUCGCAGCCAGCCACGGACACCUGCACGUACGCCCAGGAAUAAUUGUUUUACUGUCCCUUCACCGCCGGACUGCAUCGACCAAUAACGGUUCUAUAGAACGCUCACAGUCGCCGUCCGUCCGCCGAACCCCGUUGGCUUCGAGUCGGUCUGCAGUCGACGCGUCUCUCCGGCUCCGACUCGCGGACGUUUACGAAUAAAACGACCAACUGCCUCCGAAAGAGUAGUGAUGUGGAAAGACUUCAAGAAGUUAAAACUUCUACUAUGGAAGAAUCUACUAAUACAGAAGCGACAUCCCAUCCAGUCAUUCAUAGAGCUACUGUUACCGGCCAUCAUGGCCGCCAUAAUGGUCAUGUUCAGAUCGUGGGUGCAGCCCGUAGAGUUCAAUACCGUCACAAGAUUCGAACCCUUUCCGAUAUCGGUGCCACCAUUAAUACUAGGCUACAGACACGGGUGGUCCAUAGCAUGGGCUCCGCAUAACCCGGAAUUGGAAAAAAUCAUGAACGACGCUUUCUCGCACACUCCUAACAUGAAGCUCGAAUCGUUCGUAAGCGGCGAUAAGAUGGAGGAGCGGCUGAAUCAAGAUCUCGCGAUGAAAAAAUUUCUUGUUGGCGUUCGUUUCGAAAACAUCAUGCCGAACGCGACGUUACCAAAAAGUACAAUCGUGAAGCUGAGAUAUCCGUGUCAUCUCCGGGUAACGAAAAAGAGUCUGAUGAGCUUCGACACGGUCGAAGCGAACUGGCGGACUUACUUGAUGUUUCCCCUAUAUCAGACGUUCGGUCCUAGGCAUAAAGAGGAAAAUGACGGAGGCGAACCAGGUUAUUUGUCCGAGUCGUUUUUGUACAUGCAAAAUCAGAUCUCCAAAGCCUUGAUACGAUACUGGGCUCCCGGCGAGACGAUACCGGAAAUCGAGCUACAGAGGUUCCCGUAUCCGAAGUACAUCGAGGAUCCAUUGCUACCGGCUCUCACGUCAUUCAUCUCCACGGUGGUAUUGCUCAGUUAUAUUUACACCGCCAUCAACACCAUCAAAGUGAUAUCGGCUGAAAAAGAAAUGAAAAUGAAGGAAGCCAUGAUGCUCAUGGGCUUGGAUAACUGGCUGCACGCGUGCGCAUGGUACCUGAAGAGUUUUGUCGUAUGGAUAGUACCUCUGUUGAUAUUGGUGUUCUUCAUAACGUACGACUGGCCAACGGGUGCGGUGUUUCAGUACUCUGACCCACUGGUACUGAUGGCGAUAUUGACCCUGUACGUGACCGCCGGAAUAUCCUAUUGCUUCUUGAUAUCCGCCUGCUUUAAAAAAGCCAACACAGCGGCGACCGUCGGCGGCGUGUUGUGGUUCGGGACCUAUGCCCCAUUCAUGAUCUUCCAGCCCAAGUACUCGUCCAUGACUAACAGAGAAAUCUUGGCGUCCACCAUAUUGCCAAACACUGCGCUGGGAUACAUAUUCCAGAGUCUCAUCAUGUUUGAAGGCAUCGGCAGCGGACUGACGUGGGAAAACAUCACGGUCACGGUGUCGCCGGACGACAAGAUGUGCAUCGCGGACAUAAUGCUGAUGUUGGUCUUCGACUCGGUCCUGUACCUGUUGAUCGCCAUAUACCUGGAAACGGCUUUCCCGCGCAACAGCGGUUUCCACCCUCCGUGGUACUUCCCGAUACUGCCGUCGUUCUGGUUCGAGAAAAAAGUCAGCCCCAAACAAAUUGCCGAAAAAUCCGGCAUACAUAUCCAAUCGCUCAGCAAGAGUUUCACGCCCGGAAAGUACGUCGUCAACAAGCUGUCCGUGGACAUGCAACCGAAUCAAAUAACCGUUUUGCUGGGCCACAAUGGCGCCGGAAAAUCCACCACCAUGUCCAUGUUGACCGGACUGAUAAGUCCAACGUCCGGCACGGCGCUGAUAGAGGGUUACGAUAUCAAAACCCACAUGAAAACCAUACGACACUCUUUGGGGCUCUGCCCUCAAUACAAUCUACUCAUACCGGACUUGACCGUAGGAGAGCAUUUGUACUUUUUCGGAAUGUUGAAGGAUUUGAACGAACAGGAUUUGAAAAGCGAAAUCGACAGUUACACGGCGAAAUUCGAACUGGAGUCGAUGAUCAACACGAAGUCCAAACAUCUGAGCGGAGGGAUGAAGAGAAAACUGUCGGUGGCCAUAGCGCUAAUUGGCAAAUCGAAGGUGGUGUUGAUGGACGAACCGACGUCGGGUAUGGAUCCGGCUGCCAGACGUACUCUGUGGAAUAUUUUGCAAUCGGAACGGGAAGGAAGAACAAUGGUGAUGACGACGCAUUUAAUGGACGAAGCGGAUCUGCUAGGCGACCGUGUCGCCAUUAUGAAAGCAGGCACUCUUUGUUGUGUCGGAACACCGUUUUCAUUGAAAAAAGAAUAUGGCGGGGGUUACACUUUAACCCUGGUAAAAGAUGUAAUCGGUUUCAGUUUGACUAAAGUGACGAAUUUCGUACGUAAAUAUUACCCGCAUUCGGUGCCAAGUAACAUGACCGUCAUGGAAGUCACGUAUCAGCUAGAGGACUCGUCGUUGUUCCCGGAUCUGCUCAACUCGUUGGAGCAAUCCAAACAGACAUUAGGGAUCAAGGAAUACGGAAUAACUUUGACUACGUUGCAAGACGUGUUCAUGAGAGUCGGUCAAGAAGACAACAAGAAAUUAUCGGAUUACCAGAUGAACGCGAUCAAACAUAAGUCAAUGGAGCUGAAAAACCGUUUUGACACGUUUUUCUACGACCCCGAAUGCGACUCUGCCGAUUAUAAAUCUGAAAGGGCCAGGGGAUGGAAAUUAUUCUGGAUCCAAUGUGGCGCAAUCAUGGAAAAGAAAUGUUUGCAGUCGUACCGUUCUCUGAUAUUGCACUCGUUACAAAUAACGCUAACGAUGUUUUUCAUAUUCUUGGCGCUGUUGGUCGUCAACGCCUGGCAGGGCAUGAAAGACUUGCCCGCCCUAGCAGCCGAACUAGCUAACUACUGGGAACCCAUCAGUACAGUCAUGUUGUCCACCAACAACACGCAGAUCGGCACUUUUUACGAAUCGUACAAGAACGCCUGUGCGCCAAAUCCGGUCUUGGAUCUAAAUUACCGUACCACGUACAAUUACUUCGAAGACUUUUUACUGCGAGUGGCCUCCGAAAAGAUAUCUCCGUUCACACAGAAGUACAUUGUCGGCGCGAUAUUCGGCGAGGACAGGAUCACGGCGUAUUUCAACAACCAACCUUACCACGGUCCACCUUUGGCACUCAGCAUGGUGCACAAUGCUAUAUUGAAAAGUUACAAAGGAGACGAAUACGGGAUACACGUAGUGAAUCACCCGCUGCCCUACCAAGGAGUGGACAAGCUGAUGAAAUUGACCGGAGGCAGUAAUCUGGGCUAUCAGGUGGCGUUCAACUGCGCCAUUUCACAAGCGUUUGUGUGCGCUGUGUACGUGCUGUUCGCCGUCAACGAGCGAUAUACCGGCGCCAAGCACAUGCAACAGAUAGCCGGCGUCAAACCACUGGCCUACUGGGGAGCGUCCCUGCUGUGGGACUGGAUAACUUACCUGACCGUCAUAUUCUCCAUUCUGCUGUUGCUCUUCUGGCACGGAGAUCCGGGAUACGCGAGCUGGAAACAAAUGGGACUGAUGCUGAGUCUGUUGGUGGCUUUCUCGUGGGCGACGCUGCCGCUGAUGAGUUUGUUCUCGUUCCUGUUCUCAAACCCGUCCACUAGUUUCACGAGAAUAUCUAUGUUUAGCGUUAUGACCGGUGCCUUUUGCUUCAUGUUGGUGCUUAUUUUGGACAUGCAACCACUGUGCUUGAAAGACCAAGCCAAGUUUAUCGACAACAUGAUGAUUUACUUCCCACAUUACGCUCUCGGAAGCGGUUUGAAAAACAUAUACUCUUCGUAUGAGUACAGCGAGAUUUGCGACUUUCAAAAGAACGCAACCUGUUUUGGAUGGGACGGUGACAACCUUUCGUGGACCAGCCCCGGCAUCGGUAGAAACAUGACCCACCUGUUCUGGUUAGGAUUCGUGUGCGUGGCGUUACUGCUAUCGUGUGAAUACCUCACGUAUUAUGGCAACAAGGUCCACUGCACGCUGAUGAAGCUCUACAGCCACGUGAUGCUCAAGAACUCCGUCAAGGAAGACAAGUAUGACUUGAACUGUUACGAAUCGGACGUGGCCCACGAGAAGCAAGUGGUCAACGGCGCCGACCCACACAACUAUUGUCUAUACCUCAACAACGUCUGGAAGAAGUACGGUAACAAGGAAGCGGUGAGGGGGCUAAACCUGGCGCUGAAGUCCAACGAGUGUUUCGGUCUGCUGGGGUCGAACGGCGCCGGCAAGACGACCACGUUCAAGAUGCUGACCGGCGACAUAAAGAACACCGCCGGCGACAUUUACGUGUGCGGCGUGAACGUGAACAACAACCGCGAGAAGAUCCACGAGGUGGGUGGCUACUGUCCGCAGUUCAACGGUCUCAUCGAAGAGCUCACCGGCUACGAGACGCUCCAUUUCUUCUGCAAGCUCAGGGGCAUGUCCAACAAGGAAUCGUCCACGGUGCCGUUCCACCUGGCCUCCAGGCUGGCGUUCAUGGCUUACUUGAACGUGCAAGCGAAAAACUACAGUGGUGGAAACAAGAGGAAACUCAGCACAGCCAUAGCUAUGAUCGGCGACCCGAGCGUCCUGUUCUUAGACGAACCAACUUCCGGUCUGGACCCCGCCGCCCGGAAACACCUCUGGGACACGGUGAGCGAGGAGAGGGAUCGCGGCAAAUGCGUCUUCAUCACGUCUCACAGUCUCGAGGAAUGCGAAGCCCUGUGCAGUCGUCUGGCCAUCAUGGUGGACGGCCGUCUGUGCUGCAUCGGGUCUGUGCAGCAUCUGAAAAACAAAUUCUCCGUCGGCUACCAGCUGCACAUAAAAUUCCACCCUGACAACUAUACGAGAGCUAAAGAUUACGUGAUGAAAUCGUUCGUCGGCGCCAACUUGCGCGAGGAAUUCGAAAUCACGGCGCUGUUCCACAUUCCCAAGAAGUAUCCGUGUUCGUACGCUUUCGCUCAGAUGGAACAGGCCAAGAAAGAGCUGCUGAUCGACGAUUAUUCGAUAACGCAGACUAGUCUAGAACAGGUGUUUUUGAGUUUUACCAGAAAUCGUCAACAAGCAAUAGCAUAACGCACGUCGUCCACGCGCAGCCAGCAGGGUGCCGACUUCAUUUCAUCCUACGUUCGUUCCCCGUCCCCCCCCCCUGACCCCAUCUCAACGCCAACCCCAUCCCAGUCCCAAUUUUUAAGUAUAAGUUUAUGAGUGCCAUGUCAAUGAAAAAAAAAUACAACCAAAUAGAAAGAAUACAUUAACAUACCUAUUAUCAUAUGUCUUCCCCUCGGAACGGAUAGUUUAAAACACAACAUUCCGAUGAGCUGUUGUUGUUGUUAUUGUUGUUGUUGUCGUUUUUUUUUUUCGUACGAAGGCUGAAUAAUUGUAUAUUUUAAAAAAGAAAGAGAUAAUAAUUCAUUAAGAAUAUGAAGGAGCACAAGAGAAGAAAAUAUGAGAAGGAGAUGAAAAAGAAGAUGUUGAAAAUUCGUUUUGUAAUAUAUAUAUAAAAAAAUUAAAAUAUUUAUGUGAUAAUUUAUAAAUACAUUGUGCGAGCGAUUUUUUUUUUUUUGCUCGCACUCUGAAGCCGAAUUAAGUAUAUAUAUAAUAUAUUAUAUAUAUAUAUAUGUAUAUGUACGUUACUAUCGUAGUUUCGGUUCUUUUGUAACAUGAUUUUAUUUUCCUCAAGCGUAAUACUUUAUAUAUAUGCGUAAUACUAUUGUUUAAACGCUCAAUGUACAGACAUAUAUUUUUGGAAAUUCUCUAUAUAUAUAAUAUAAUUUUAUAUAUAUUGGGUUCAAGACAAUGUACCUACCUAUUGUUCUUUUUUUUGUUUACUCUAGUUACUAUAAUAAUAUAUAAAUAUAUUUUAAUAAUUAUCUGUAAUUACCAUUUAGAGUAGAAACUAUUUAAUUUAUUAAGUAUAAUCUGUUCAAUAGGUUUAAGAAAAAUAUACCAAAAUGUACAGUUA